CAUACAAACGCUGACGGUCGUUGACGACCGUGAGUGACAUUCUGCAACAAAACAGCUCAUUACACAAACACGAUGUCGACAAACUGCCAUGGUCAUGGCGUGGCCAGCACCGCGGACUACCCGAAGAUGAACUAUGAUCCUGGGGCGAAGUGGAUCAAACAUCUCACGCAGGGGCGGUUGUCCACCUUCAACGGUGGUCACUACUCGGACGUCAACCUGGGUUCUCUCCUGUUCAUACAUCGCCUGGACGAUCCUGCAUAUGUUAAACUGCAAGUUUGGAGUGCGCCUGGGCUAUCCAAGCCGACGUUCGAGGAGGCCAUGAAGCAGAAGUUUAGGCCUGCCAAGAAGGGAGAGCAAUUCGGACCUUCAUUCUCCGUAACCAUUCCAGCUUACUGGGAACAAUACGAACGCGUGCAGUUCGAAUUUGAUCCUGGAUGUGAAGCCAUGAUAUAUACCACAGACGGCGUUCCCCUGCAAGGUAUCACCGGCGGGUGGGACGGCAACCGUCGUGUGGAGUACAUCCUUCCCGAGAGUGCUCGGAAGGCCGGUAAGCACGAGUUCGUCAUAGAGUCGUCCUGCAAUGGCAUGUUCGGUAUCCCCUGGAAUGGAGACACAAUCGAGCACCCUGAUAUGAACCGAUACUUCGGCCUCGCAUCCGCAGACCUCGUCGUGCCGAACGAGGAGGCCUGGCGCCUACUCUAUGACUUCACGACGCUGCGCGAGAUCUCCGAGACCUUGCCGGGGAACACGUCCCUGCAGAACAAGGCGCUCGUCGCGGCGAACGAGAUCAUGAAUGUAUUCGACAAGAACGAUAUCAGCAGUGUGAAACGCGCACGCGAGAUCGCUGCGCGGGUGUUCGGCGAGGCAUGGGAGGAGAAAGGGGAGAAGAUCUACGAUGAGGGCCCGAGGGACGCGGUGAUAUGGGGUAUUGGUCAUUGCCACAUUGAUACGGCAUGGCUAUGGCCGUAUCGAGUGACGCAGCAGAAAGUCGCACGGUCGUGGUCCACUCAGGUCGAUCUUAUGGACCGCUACCCGGAGCAUCGCUUCACCUGCAGCCAAGCGCAGCAGUACAAGUGGCUCGAGCAGCUGUACCCGCCGCUGUUUGAGCGCGUAAAGGAGAAGGUGCUCGCAGGCAAGUUCCACACGAUUGGAGGCUCAUGGGUGGAGAACGACUCGAACAUGCCGUCGGGUGAGGCGCUCGCGCGGCAGUUCAUCUUAGGCCAGCGGUACUUUGAGUCGCGCUUCGGAAAGCGGUGCGAGACGGCAUGGCUGCCGGAUUCGUUUGGCCUGACGGGCGCGCUGCCGCAGCUGAUCCGGCUGGCGGACAUGAAGUAUUUCUUUACGCAGAAGUUGUCUUGUGCUGAUCGGUCGUGUCUUAGAAAUACCUUCCCUCAUUCUACGUUCAACUGGGUCGGUAUCGACGGAACGCAAGUGCUUUGCCACAUGACUCCAGUCGACACGUACACAGCCCAGGCUACAGUCGGUGAUGUGAACAAGGGUCUCACAAACCAUAAGAACCUGGAGUCGUCCGAUAUCUCCUUGCUUGUGUUCGGAAACGGUGACGGCGGAGGAGGUCCGCUUGCGAAGAUGUUGGAGAAUCUCCGUCGCAUACGUGCAACUGCUAACCAAUCGCGCGAAUUGCCUCCUGUGAACAUGGGUCACUCCGUGGAAGAGUUCUUCGAAACCGUCAUGACGAACUCGAAUGCUGGCAAGAAGCUGCCCAACUGGAACGGAGAAUUGUACCUGGAGUUCCAUCGGGGGACCUACACUUCACAUGGGUCUAUUAAGAAGGGCAAUAGGAAGUCGGAAAUCCUGCUACGCGACAUUGAGCUCCUGGCAACUUUGGCGUCUCUAUACAGAUACCACAAGAAGGACUACGUGUAUCCCAACGAGAAGAUCAACGAUUGCUGGGAGAAGGUACUUUUGAAUCAAUUCCUUCCUGGAUCCGCUAUUGGGAUGGUCUACGAUGAUGCGGAGAAGCUAUACGCGGAAGUUAGGAAAGACGGAGAGCAGCUGCUCGAAGAUGCAUUUAGCGCGCUGUUCCCGAAGUCGAUCUCGUUGUCCAACGCAACAGGCGGCCUCGGCAAACUGGUCGCGUUCAACACCACAUCCUUCCCAAGACGUGACGUUGUCAAGGUUCCUCUACGCGGUGGGGCUGCUCGCCUGAAGUCUCAGGUGGUGCAGGUGUCGAAAGACGGUACGGAGGGCUUCGCGCUCAUGGAUUGCGCUGAGGGGGGCAAUUUGGCUCUCCCGAACGGGCUGUUUGCCGAUAGCAUGCCGGUAUCUGUGUUCACGAAGGGAUCGGAUCAUUUCGUGCUCAGAAAUCAGAGUGUUCAGCUCACGAUCUCUGACGGCAGGAUCACUAGCCUGUUGGACGUCGAACUGGGCCGGGAGAUGAUCCCCGCCGGGCAGACUAGCGGUCUGGUCAUCUUUGAUGAUCGCCCGAACUAUUGGGAUGCAUGGGAUGUCGACGUCCAUCACUUGGAGACGCCUCAUCCUCUCGAGUUCACGGACAUUACGGUCGUGGCGGAAGGACCCCUUCGUGCCUCCGUCAAGUCAGUGGUGAAGUAUCGUCAAAGCACCAUCACUGUAACGAUAUCUUUGGAUGCAAUCACUGCCACGCUAAAGAAGGAUUCUCGCUCGAUGUUUGUCUUCGAUGCGGUAGUCGACUGGCAUGAGAGGCAUGAGUUCCUGAAGUUCGAGAUUCCCCUGAACAUUCACAAUGAUUACGCGACUUAUGAGACACAGUUUGGCUUUGUUCAGAGGCCGACGCAUAAGAACACCACCUGGGAUAUGGCGAAAUUCGAGGUCUGCGGUCACAAGUAUGCGGAUUUGAGCGAGUUUGGGUAUGGCGUUGCGAUCCUCUCGGAGUCCAAGUAUGGCUUCUCGUGCCGUGGCAACGUGUUGCGCAUCUCUCUCCUGCGUGCUGCCACCGCGCCUGAUGAGAAUCAGGACCAGGGCACACACGAAUUCUCCUGGGCUCUCAUGCCUCACAAGGGGCACUUUUUGGAAUCGGAUGUCCCGAUGGCUGCUUAUAUUUUCAACUCUCCUCUCCAUGUACGCUAUGUGACCGAUGAGGUGACUUCCGCCCCAUUGUUCAAGACAAAGGUCCCCUUCGUAAUCGACGGCGCACCGAAUGUCUUCCUCGAGACCGUCAAGCGUGGAUUGGAUGACGACUUCUCAGUAUCCAGCUCUGAUUCGCCCGUCACGGUUGUGCUUAGGCUGUACGAAGCCUAUGGCGGGCAUGCGCAAGCUACACUGAAGAUUGCAGAGCACAUUCCAGUCAUGAAGAUUAUCACGACCAAUCUACUGGAAGAUGAGACUUCGAAACUUGCCGUCCUCACUGAAGAUGCCUGCUCCUUAGUCAAGCUCAAUUUCCACGGCUUCGAGGUAAAGACGGUCAAGAUCUACUUGGGAAAAGCAAAGGCGCCCGGAGAUAUAAGUGAGAAAAGGAGGAGCUGGGUCACCAUCGACAAGCCUUGAACGCCACACCGGGGUGCUUGGAUCGUUGACCGAUAUAACUCAUGGAUUUUGUAUGUUGUAUGAUGCACGUCGAUGUGUGUGCUUGCGUUCUGUGCUCUUCAUUGUACAAUGGUUAUGGACAAUGUGACUCUGGAAUCGUUUACAGUUCGGCCGUGAGACUUGUACAUUGCGUCCUCCAUCAUUGUCGCCGAUAUUAGUGGGCGAGUACUGUGAUCUACUGUGAUCGUGUUUCGCGC